UUAGGUAAAGAAUCGCACAGAGAGUCAGAGAGGCCUCCGUUAAGGUUAAGUACUUACCAAAUACUCUACCAACCAAUAUCCAGCCAAAAAUUCCCCAAAAUUAAUAUUAUAUAAUAUCUCAAAGCUAAAAAAUUAAAAUGGAAAUUAAAUAAAAUCUCUUAUAAACCAAGUCUCAACUCCCAGAUGUUCAAACACACUGUCAAUCUCACCUCCAUCUCCAUCUCCAUCUCCGGCUCCUCCAAUCCUUCGCCUAUACUUACUUUUCUCUCACAUCUCCACACGUAUACACAGAUGGGACUGAAAAAGACAACCUCAUUGCUGGAGAAUCUUCUAGAGAAGGCCGGAGGCUGUGCGGUCAUCGACGGUGGAUUUGCCACCCAGCUAGAAACACACGGAGCUGCCAUUAACGACCCUCUUUGGAGCGCUAUUUGUUUGAUAAAAAAUUCCGACCUCAUCAAAAGGGUUCACUUGGAAUAUUUGGAGGCUGGUGCAGACAUUUUGGUCACUUCUUCUUACCAGGCCACUCUUCCUGGAUUUGUGUCCAAAGGAUUGCCCAUAGAAGAAGGAGAAUUAUUAUUAAAGAAGAGCGUUAAAUUGGCCGUUGAAGCACGUGAUAAGUUCUGGGAUGCUGUGAAAAGUAAUCCUAUACAUAGAUAUAACCGAGCUUUGGUUGCAGCCUCCAUUGGAAGCUACGGAGCAUAUCUUGCUGAUGGAUCAGAGUACAGCGGAUAUUACGGCCCAGAUGUGAAUCUGGAAAAGCUCAAGGAUUUUCAUCGACGCAGAUUGCAAGUUCUUGUGGAAGCAGGUCCAGAUUUAUUGGCCUUUGAGACAAUUCCCAAUAAACUGGAAGCACAGGCCUGUGUUGAGUUGCUUGAAGAAGAAAACAUAAAAAUUCCAUCCUGGAUUUGCUUCAGCUCGGUGGAUGGUGAGAAUGCCCCAUCUGGGGAGAGUUUUCAAGAAUGCCUUGAAAUAAUUAAUAAGAGCAACAAAGUAAUUGCAGUUGGAAUUAAUUGUGCACCUCCCCAUUUUAUUGAAAGUCUCAUAUGCAAAUUUAAGGAGUUGACUCAGAAGUUCAUAACAGUUUAUCCCAACAGUGGCGAGGUAUGGGAUGGCGUCGCUAAAAGAUGGCUGCCAUCAAGCUGUUUUGAUGAUGACAAAUUUGAGCUUUUUGCCGCAAGAUGGCAUGAGUUAGGAGCAAGCCUUAUUGGAGGCUGCUGUCGAACCACCCCUUCUACCAUUCAAGCCAUUUCAAAGGUUUUGAAAGAAAGAAGUUGAUGAGGCUUUAACUUCAAUCACUUCCAUUUACUUAGUUUUGCAGAUCUUAUUCUUCAGUUGUAAGUGAUUAAUUUUGGAAUUUUAGGUUUUGCUAAGCGAGUUAUAUCCAACCUUUCUCUAGCCAUUUGGCAGAAAGCAAUUUUGGAUUUUCUAGCUUACCUUGAAAUGUACUAGUAAUUUAGUUGAUGAGUUUGAGGAAAGGAAAGAUUAUUGCAGUAACAA